CACCGCACCGCACGCAUCACUUCCCCUGCUUCCUCCGACUAGAUCGAGCUGCUGUUGCGUUUGAGGCUCUGGCGCACGACCGCCGAGUGAGCCCCUUACUACCCCUCUUUCCGACACACUGGACAUUUAUACAGGGAGAGAGAGAAAGUGUGAGAGUGCAGAACAAGGCACUGUGAACAACCAGACGGAGCAGAGUAGGCAGAGCACAGACACCAGGGCAGAGCUGAUCAGAGCUGCUAGUCUAGAAGAAUGCAGCAGCCGGGGGCCGCCGCGGCCAGCACGAGAAGGCGCCUCACGGUGCCGAGGCGGGCCCCCGCGGCGGCGUCGGUGUGGGAGACGCGGAUGGAGAUGGACGAGGUGAAGGGCGGCGUCAAGGUCUUCAGCGAAGGCGCCGACGACGCCGACGAGGAGGGCAUGCGGGUGUACAGCCGCCUGCGACGGAAUCAAAGCGACGGCGGCGGCGCGGGCGCGGGCGCGGGCACGGCCGCGGCGGCCAAGAAGAGGAGGAACUGGAAGGCGUCGGAGCCGGUCACGGCGAUCGCGGAGCUGCGCAAGUCGCGCUCCGACGCGGCGGCGACGGCGGGUGCGGUGGUGGCCAAGCGGGCGGUGGCGAGGGUCACCACGCCGGAGAAGAAGCUCGCGGCCGAGGUGAAGGAGGUGGUGGUGGUGGAGGUGGAGAAGGCGCCAUUGCCUCAGCCCAAGGAUAUUGAAGCGGAGGCAGAGGAGGACCAGGAGGAGUGGGAAGAAGAGCUGGAAGCAGAGGAGCAGGAGGAGGAGGAGGAGAAGGAGGUGGUAGAUCAAGAUCAGGCGGCCAUUGACGAGGACGAAACUGAUCAGCCGACAGCUCCCAAUCAAGCGGACGAACAAGAUCUUGCGCCACCGACAAAAAGAGUGAUCAGGCCGGUGGCAGCACCGGUUGAAGAUGAGAGAGCAGCCAAUCCAGAGCCGACGAAACUUGCUGCCGCUGUCAAUCUCCGGGCGAUGAACCCAGAGCCCAUGACCCCUCCAGCGAAUAAGAAAUCGACACCGGUGGUAAUCCACAGGACGGACCCAGAGUCGGCAAGAACUUCUCCAGAGAAGAAAGCUUCGCCGGUAAUCGGUCGACGGUUCCCGAAGCAAGAGCCUGUCGACGCUCCACCUGAGGAAGAAGAGUAUGAGGAGAUCCAGGGCAGGCCGUCGGCUCUUAGCACAAGCAAUCGGAGAAUGCAGAAUAUCGUGGAUUUGGUAAUGUGGAGAGAUGUGUCAAAGUCUGCAUUUGUGUUUGGAUUCGGGACCUUUUCGCUCAUCUCCUGCUCCUAUGCCAAAGACCUCAACUUCAACACAAUAACAGCGGCUUCGUACUUAGGCCUGGUAUACCUUGGUCUAAGAUUCCUCUGCAAGUCCUUGCUCAACAGAGGUGAGAGUGUGGAGUGUGAUGAUGAGAGGUCCCACUACCUGGUAGGUGAGGAGGAUGCCGUGUGGCUGCUGAGGCUGGUGCUGCCCUACGUCAACGAGGUGCUCCUGAACCUCAGGUCCCUCUUCUCCGGCGAGCCAGCAACCACCAUGAAGCUGGCGCUGCUGCUGUUUGCGAUGGCCCGGUGUGGCAACUUUGUCACCCUCUGGACCCUGGCCAAACUGGUGUUCUUUGGCAUCUUCACCAUUCCCAAGGUGUGCUCAUCUUACUCCACGCAGCUCGCCAGAUAUGGUAAGUUUUGGCUGGAGAGGUUCAGGGAUGCAUGGGAGUCUUGCUCCCACAAAAAGGCGGUUGUCGCAGCCGUCUUCACCCUUGUCUGGAAUGUCUCCUCCACGGUGGCCCGUGUCUGGGCUGUGUUCAUGCUGGUGGUGGCGAUGAAGUGCUACCAGCAGCGCAUGAUGAAGUUUGGCUGGAGCAGCUCGGUGGGGGAAACCGCUGAGAAUGAUGAGCCGCAACAGCAGCAGGAUGAGUCCCCGGCCAAACCUGCCCAGACAGAGAAGGCGCAUGAUAUCGGGUCUCAUGGCUUCGUGGCAGUGCGAAACCGGCGAAUGCCGGUCUCUGGCGAGUUUGCCAGGGAGAGGCUUAGGGCGAGAGGCGGCAUUCAGCCAAGGUGUUAGUUUGUGUGCACCAGACUUUGUUGAAUGGGUGUUCUCCUGAUGUUGAAGAACUCUAGUGGCAAAAGAAAUAAUAAGUUCGACCAUGAAACAGUAA